UGGCCUAGGGGCUUAAAUUAGAGAUCAGCCUGAAACAUGAAAGUUAAGUUACUGAUCUAGUUCAGUCUUCCCUUGGAAUCUCAUCAAUACUUUUGGAAAUGGAAAAUGAAACAAAAAUUAACACAAGCAAUAGUUCAAAAUGUAAGAAUGAUGAAACAGAAGGAAAUUCCGAGCCAGAAAGUCAAGCCAUUGAUGGAUCUUCUAAUUUCUUACGAAGACCACACAAGCCGCCAUACUCAUCUUUACUUCUACCGUUGCCAUCUACUCAGGACUUGAAGAAAAAUCCGUUUGAUGACAUUGAAGAUAAGUCAAUGGCUGGUUUUACAGAAUUUCGGAAGUACAAAAGAGUUAAUGAAUCCAGAAAAAUAACUCCUUAUGUUCCUGAGGAUACUUCAAAGAUACAGGCAAUACAAUAUUUUCAAAUCUAAUAUUGAUAAAGAAAAUUUU